UAGGCUGGUAUAAUAAUAAACAGUUUCUUACAAGUCAUUGUAAGGUAAUAACAGUUUGCAAAAUGUCGCUUAAAAUGUAUAAUGGUGUGAAAAUACCAAUAAUUGGAUUAGGCACUUGGCAGUCUAUAAACGAAGAUGAACUGGAAGCUACCCUCGAUACUGCAUUAACUAUUGGGUACCGGCAUAUAGACACAGCAGCUGUCUACCAUAACGAAAAAUGUAUUGGAAAAGUCUUACGAAAAUGGUUUGAUUCUGGAAAGUUAAAACGGGAAGAUAUAUUUAUUACUACUAAGCUUGGUCCUGAACAAACUCAUCCCGAUUUAGUUGAAUCGGCAUUAAAUGAUUCCUUAGAAAAGUUACAUUUGGAAUAUGUAGACCUUUAUCUUGUGCAUUUUCCUAUCCACAUGAAAUUAAUUGAUCCUCUUAAACCAUGGCACAUGUUGGAUACAGAUUAUCUAGAGGUUUGGAAGAAAAUGGAGGAACAAGUUGAUUGCAAAAGGGCUCGAACUAUAGGAAUUUCUAACUUCAGCAUUGAGCAAAUGGAGAGAAUAAUGAAAAACUCAAGAAUAAAACCAGCCAAUACGCAAGUGGAACUUCAGGUCUACUUUCAACAAAAGGAAUUACGAGAAUAUUGUCGGAAAAACAAUAUUGUCGUAGUUUCCUACUCUUCACUCGGAUCUCCAGGAGCACCAGACUUCUUUAAAAAGAUAGGAAGAACAGUGCCUGUUCCAAAUAUCUUAGGAGAUCCAGUAGUAUCUGCCAUUGCUAAAAAACACAAGAGAACACCCUCACAAAUCAUUCUCAGUUAUUUAACUCAAAAUGACAUUGUAGUAAUUCCCAAAACCGUAAAACCAGAGAGACUUCAAGAAAACUUUGAUAUUUUGGAUAUCAUUUUGGAUUCAGAUGAUUUAACCGCUUUAGAAAACUUGGACAAAGGUACAUCCGGAAGAAUAUUUGAUAUGACACAUAUUAAUCCCAAGAUUAAGGAACACGCCCACUACCCCUUUGAAAAAUAAGGAAAAUCAUAACGGUUAUGGCGAGCGGCAGACCUUUAAUUUGAGGCUUAGAAAUCGAAAAAGCGACCAUGAUAGGUGAAUGGUAAAUGUUGGUUAUUCUUUAUGUUUUCGAGGUCGCUGAAUCCCAAUAUGAAGUUUAUAUUUUUACCUAAAAUUGGUGGAACAUGUUCAAACAUCAAAUUUUAUGCAGAAAUGCGAAAAAUCCAAUUUAAUGAUUUUUCAUAUUUACCUCGCUGUAUCUUUGAUCCUUGUAAAUAUUUUCUUUUGAAAAUUUUACUAUGUCAUCUCUGAAGUAUUUAGAUAACAAUGAGAUUUAUCAAUGAUUUUGAAACAAAUUAAAAGAGAAGUUGUUAAUUUUUAAACAAUUUGUCGUCAGAUUUCGUUACUUUCAUGUUUACUUAAAAACGUUAGGUAACAAACUUUUUAGUUGAUAAUUAUUUUAAUCAACACAAUAUUAAAACAUGGGUCAUGAGGAAGUUCUCAGGAAAAUUUCAAGUCAAAAUAUGCAAUAGGAAAAAAGUUAUGUGAGUUUAUAGACGAGUGGCACUUCCCCAAAAAAAUCGCUUAUUUCUCGAGAUACUGACCACAGUUUGGUGAGUGGCUAAUUUUUAUCAUACCUGAUAUUUUGAUGGUGCUGAAAACGAAAAUCAGGUUUAUCUUAAAUUUUAAAUGGGGGAACAUUGUCAAAAUUUCAAUUUUACCCUAAAAAUAAAAAAAAAUGAAAUCACGUUUUUCUUAAAAUUGAAAGUUUUACCAUUUUUGAAGUGAAAACUUCUUUAAGGACGUUGUGCGAUUUUUGGAUAGAUGAAAAAGCAGUGAAUUCGCGACCGUCAUUGCGACCGUUAUCGCUUAUGCUAUAUGUAUAUUAUUUGUAUGUAUAUAUAAAUUGUAUAGAAGUAUUUAAAUCUAAAAUAAAUGUAAAACCUAUUUUAGGAUGGGGAAAAAGGAUUUAUUUCGCGACCGUCAUCGCGACCGUCAUCUCUUCGGUGAAAUAAAUUUUGUACGUAUCUAUAUUAUGUGUAUCCAUACAUAAAUUGUAUAGAAGUAUUUAAAUUUAAAAUAAAUGUAAAACCUAUUUUUGAAUGUGGAAAAAGGAUUUAUUUCGCGACCAUCAUUGCGACCGUCAUCUCUUCGGCCAAAUAAAUUUUGUACGUAUAUGUAUUGAAGUGAAAACUUCUUUAGGGACGUUUUGCACUUUUUGGAUGGGAAAAAGUAUUAAAUUGGCGACCGUCAUCGCGACCGUCAUCGCUUCGACGAAAUAAAUUUUUGAAGUGAAAUCUUCUUGAGGGUUGUUGUGCACUUUUUAGAUGGGGAAAAAGUAUUGAAUUAGCGACCGUCAUCGCGACCGUCAUUGCUUCGGAGAAAUAAAUUUUUGACGUGAAAACUUCUUUAGGGACGUUGUGCACUUUUUGGAUGGGAAAAAGUAUUAAAUUAGCGACCGUCAUCGCUUCGACGAAAUAAAUAUUUGAAGUGAAAACUUCUUGAGGGGCGUUGUGCACUAUUUGGAUGGGGAAAAAUAUUAAAUUAGCGACCGUCAUCGCUUCGACGAAAUAAAUUUUUGAAGUGAAAUCUUCUUGAGGGUUGUUGUGCACUUUUUAGAUGGGGAAAAAGUAUUGAAUUAGCGACCGUCAUCGCGACCGUCAUUGCUUCGGAGAAAUAAAUUUUUGACGUGAAAACUUCUUUAGGGACGUUGUGCACUUUUUGGAUGGGAAAAAGUAUUAAAUUAGCGACCGUCAUCGCUUCGACGAAAUAAAUAUUUGAAGUGAAAACUUCUUGAGGGGCGUUGUGCACUAUUUGGAUGGGGAAAAAUAUUAAAUUAGCGACUGUCAUCGCUUCGACGAAAUAAAUUUUUGAAGUGAAGAUUUCUUGAGGGGCGUUGUGCACUAUUUGGAUGGAGAAAAAUAUUAAAUUAGCGACUGUCAUCGCUUCGACGAAAUAAAUAUUUGAAGUGAAAACUUCUUGAGUGGCGUUGUGCACUAUUUGGAUGGGGAAAAAUAUUAAAUUAGCGACUGUCAUCGCUUCGACGAAAUAAAUUUUUGAAGUGAAAAUUUCUUUAUGGGCGUUAUGCACUUUUUGGAUAGGGGAAAAGUUGAAUUAGGAACCGUCAUCGCGACCGUCAUCGCUUCGACGAAAUAAAUUUUUGAAGUUAAAACUUCUUGAAGGACAUUGUGCACUUCUUGGAUGGGGAAAAAUAUUAAAUUAACGACUGUCAUCGCUUCGACGAAAUAAAUAUUUGAAGUGAAAACUUCUUGAGGGGCGUUGUGCACUAUUUGGAUGGAGAAAAAUAUUAAAUUAGCGACUGUCAUCGCUUCGACGAAAUAAAUAUUUGAAGUGAAAACUUCUUGAGUGGCGUUGUGCACUAUUUGGAUGGGGAAAAAUAUUAAAUUAGCGACUGUCAUCGCUUCGACGAAAUAAAUUUUUGAAGUGAAAAUUUCUUUAUGGGCGUUAUGCACUUUUUGGAUAGGGGAAAAGUUGAAUUAGGAACCGUCAUCGCGACCGUCAUCGCUUCGACGAAAUAAAUUUUUGAAGUUAAAACUUCUUGAAGGACGUUGUGCACUUCUUGGAUGGGGAAAAAUAUAGCGACUGUCAUCGCUUCGACGAAAUCAAUUUUUGAAGUGAAAAUUUCUUUAUGGACGUUGUGCACUUCUUGGAUGGGGAAAAAAUAUUGAAUUUGCGACCGUCAUCACUUCGCUGAAAUAAAUUUUGUACGUAUAUUAAUUAUGUGUAUAUAUACAUAAAUAUCAUAGGGCAUACGCUUCGCGUAUAUUAUAUAGGUAUAGCACUUCUUUUUGGAUGGGGAAGAAGGAUUGAGGUCGUAAUUUAUAUAAUAUAAGAAGUUUUCACUUCUGUUGGCACUCCCACGAGUGCCUUAAAAUUUUUUUGUUUACUGUACUCUAUGUUUUAACAUAAACUUGAUUAAAAAGCUAAAUUUCAGAUUUUUUCACUCAACUUUUGCUAUUAAACUUUGGAAUUCAGGAAUCUGCAACUUUUACUUUUAACAGUUCAUAACUUCCAUUAUAAUAAGACAGAAAGAUUGAAACAGAUCCGAUUUAAACAGGUCUUCAGCAAGGUAAGAAAUAUAUAGAAAUAUAUACUGUGAAAAUUUCAGAAAAAAAUAUUAAAAUGGAACAGAAUUGUAGCGAGUUAAACGUAAAAAAAGGGAUUUAAUUUUUUUUAUUUUUAGGGUAAAAUUGCGAUUUUGACAAUGUUCCCUCAAUUAAAAUUUAAAAUAAACCUAAUUUUCGUUUUCAACACCAUCAAAAAUAUAAAGUAUGAUUAAAAUUAGCCAUUCACCACACCGUGAUCAGUAUCUCGAGAAAUAAGCGUUUUUUGCGGUGUGCCGCUCGUCUAUAAAGUCACAUAACUUUUUUCCUAUUACCUAUUUUGACUUGAUAUUCUCCAGAAAUCCUCUUCAUGAAUCAUAUUUUAUUGCUGUAUUGGUUAAAAUUAUAAACUAAAAAGUUUGUCAUUCAACUUUUUUCAGUAAACAAGACACUAACGAAAUCUGACGACAAAAUGUUUAAAAAUUAACAACUCCUCUUUUGGUGGGAUCACAUGACUUUUUUCCUACUGUUUGACCUGAAAUUUUCCAGAUUAUUUCAUUUAUAGGAGAUUCUGACCAAUAGAAAGCUACAGAAAUAAAAAUUAAAGUGAUUAUUUUUUGAUGAUUUUAACUUCCAAUAGAUAUUUGAUCACGUGUUUAAUUCUGUCCAAUCAGAUUAAAAUUAUACUGAGAAUUAUCUACUGUAGAAAAUUACCGAUAGAAUUUUUUAGAUUGUUUCCGUUUAAUGGCAACCAGUUUCCUAGUUUUGACAACUGUCACAUUUAAGGAAAUAUCCAUAAUAUACGUAUUAAAAAAUAAUCUUACGAAUAUCACACGACAGUAAGAAUAAAUAAGAAAAUAAUGCUUCAUUUUUACCCAAAUUUGUUGUCAUUGGGCAAUAGCCACACGAGCCCUGCGGGCUCUCGUGUCUAUUGCCAGGCAAAUUUCGAAAAACUGUCGCAUUAUUUUCAAUUUAUUCUCACUCUCUUGUGAUAUUAUAGUGCGGCCGAUAUGUGAAACAAUUGCACAUGUGCACAUUUAAUGAUACAAGCAUAUAAUUUGCACCACAUAUACUACACACAUAUAAAAGUUCAAAUUUAGAUAUGAGGCCAUCUCAGAUUUUGUCUUUUACAAAAAUGGCGGGCGUUCAAAAUGGCGGCUAUACUUAUGUGUUUAAUAGUACCAUAACUUUUGAACGAAAAGUCCGAUUUCAACCAAAUUUGGUAUAUAUAUAUAUAUAUAUAUAUAUAUAUAUAUAUAUAUAUAUAUAUAUAGGUUUUCUUUUUGAUUUACAAGAGGGAUAUGGUGAACCGGAAGAAUCGGUUUACCAGAAGUUGUCUUUUUUACUGGUUGUUUAUGUAAAAAUAUGUUUUUUUUUCAAUUUUUUCCCUCUGUAUAUAUUAAUUUUUCAAAAAGAUAAUACCGCAAUUGAAAAGAGCGUAAAAAUAUUUUGUAGAAAAUAUUUUGAACUUUUUAGUUAUGUUAAUUAUCAUUUAAUAAAUGCAUAACGUAUCAUCACAAGUACCUAUGUGUGGCAAAUUCGUGCAAACAAUAUAAGAGUUAUUGUGCAUUUAAUGGUAGAAGCAUAUAAUUUGGACCACAUAUACUACACACAUCAAGGUUCAAAUUUAGAUAUAAGGCCAUCUCAGAUUUUACCUUUUACAAAAGUGGCGGGCAUGCAAAAUGGCGACUAUACAUAUGUGACUUAUAGCACGAUAACUUUUGAACGAAAAGUCCGAUUUCAACCAAAUUUGUUAUAUAGAUUCUUAUUUUGAUGUGUUAGACCAAGGUCUUGAACCGGAAGAAUCGAUUAACCAGAAGUUGUGUUUUCCUGAUUUUUAUGUAAAAACAUGUUGUUUUUUUACCAAUUCUUUCACCCUGUAUAUAUUAAUUUUUCAAAUGAAGUAAAAGUCAGACUUACUCUUAAUCUUUAUUAUAACUUCAGACGACCGGUUUCGCUCUUUAAAAUUUGUAGAGCAUCUUCAGGUCAAAGGUAACAAGUUACAAAAUGAUUCAGAUACAAGGUGCUAUCAACUCAGUUUUCAUUAUCAUGAUGUUUCUUUUAAAGUUAUGUUAACGGGAUAUGGUGGAAUAGACGGACGAUGCAGCAAAGGUAAACAAAUCUAUGGGACUUAGGAGUUCUUGAGGGUGAUGAGAUAGUUGGUGUAAGUUAACCAGCAAAUCUAUGUCUGUUAUUAUGUUUGUGUAAAUCAAAUUAGUGAAUGACUUAUUUACAAUUUUAAUGUGUGUUGAUUUUAAA